CCCUAUAAAUAGAGCAACCAAUGCUCCUUGAUUCUCACCCCAAUCAUAACAACUGAAUCUCAAACAUAUAUUCAUUUCCAUUAUCUGAAUUACUUAGCAAUGGCUACUUCCAAAGCAGUUGCUGUUCUUAUCCUUUUCCUCGCAGCAUUCCUUAUGAUUGCCUCCGAAGUGGCUGCCAGAGAUCUGGCUGAGAACACUGACGCCACUCAACAAGAUGAAACUGCCCCGUGGGGUUAUGGAGGUUGGAGACAAGGUGGUGGAACAUAUGGUUCCAGCUGCCCCUACUUCUGCGAAAAUCGCUGCUGCUCUGCCACUGAGAAGGCUGAGUUCGACGCUCUGGCCAACCCCUGAAACUAGGGUUUAAGACCAAAGCAAAGCCAGAGAGGGCAUACAUUCAUGCAAUGAAUUUAUGCAUAAGAUUUAAAAAAGAAAUAAAUGAGACUUUCUCAAUUUUCAGCUCAUAUAUAUAUAUAUAUAUAUAUAUACAUGUAUGUAUGUUGUGGUUUUUCGACAACUUUCCUUUGCCAUAUACGGUGAAUAAAUAAUAGUGUGCAAGAGAUGAUUUGUAUGUUGUCACGAUCAAUCUAUCUAGGCAUGCACCGCCACUCUCAUGUAUGACUACCUCGUUACUGUUAAAUUAUACUGCUUUCAAACU